UUUCUACACCUACAUUGCAGGUUUUAUCCUGAGAAAUUCAAAGCUAUAAAUCUUCAAAACAAAGAAGAAAAUGGGUAGGGAGACAAAUGUCCAAAGCAAAGAAGAAAAUAUUAAUGGAGGAGGAUUUUUUGACAAAUAUUCGACCACUGUCACUGAUUUCGCAGCAGCUCCCACUAAACCACUCACAAAACAAGAUCUCAUUAAUUACUUUGUCUCCGGAUGCAAGCCCAAGGAUCAAUGGAGAAUAGGUACAGAGCAUGAGAAGUUUGGUUUUGAAGUGGAAACUUUACGUCCUAUCAAAUAUGACCAAAUAAAAGAAUUGCUAUAUGGUAUUGCUGAGAGAUUUGGCUGGGAUCCUAUUAUAGAUGGUGGCAACAUUUUUGCACUCAAAAAGGGUCAACAAUGCAUAUCACUAGAGGCUGGUGGUCAAAUUGAGUUUGGAGGUGCACCUGUUGAAACUCUGCAUCAAGCUUUCGCUGAGAUUGAUACACACAUCUAUCAAGUUAAAGAGGUGGCAAAAGACAUGGGAAUUGGAUUUUUAGGGAUAGGUUACAACCCCAAAUGGAAGUAUGAAGAAAUACCUAAAAUUCCCAAGGAACGAUAUGAGGUUAUGAGGCGCUUCUUCCCUAAAGUUGGAACGCUUGGAAACGAUAUGUUAGACCGUACCUGCAGUAUCCAAGUUAAUUUGGACUACGGUUCUGAAGCUGACAUGAUCAAGAAACUUCGUGCUAGUCUUGCGUUGCAGCCUAUAGCAACUGCUUUAUUUGCAAAUUCACCAUUCACCGAGGGCAAGCCAAAUGGUUAUCUCAGCAAAAGAAGCAAGAUUUGGACUGAAACUGAUGAUUCUCGCACAGGCCUGCUUCCUUUUGUUUUUGAUGAGUCAUUUGGAUUUGAGAAGUUUGUGGAUUAUGCACUUGAUGUUCCAAUGAUCUAUGUUCGUAGGAAAAAUAACCAUAUUUUAUGCGAUGGAAAAACAUUCCGGGAUUUCAUGGAAGGAAAACUUGAUUGUUUGCCUGGUGAAUUUCCAACCAUCAAUGAUUGGAAUUACCAUUUGGGAACAAUAUAUACUGAGGUUAGGUUUAGGAGAUACCUGGAGAUGAGAGGUGCUGAUGCAGGGCCAAUAAGCUUUUUAUAUGCUUUGCCAGCUUUUUGGGUGGGUUUACUAUACGAUGAAACCUCACUGCAAAAUGUUGUGGACAUGAUAGCUGAUUGGACCCAGGAAGAAAGGCAGAUGUUGAGGGUUGAGGUGCCUAGGACUGGUUUAAAGACUCCAUUUAGAGGUGGAUUGCUAAGGGAGGUUGCUGAAGUUAUUGUUAAGUGGGCAAAGGAAGGCUUGAAAAGAAGAGGAUUAAAGGAAUCAAUGUUCCUAGAUGAGAUUGAAGAAAUUGCAAAAACAGGUGAAACAAGGGCCGAGAAGCUUUUGAAAAUGUAUCAUGGAAAAUGGGAAGAAAAUGUUGAUAAGGUAUAUGAACAUGAGGAACUACUCUAUUGAUGAUUUAUCAAUUAUUUCUCUGUAUUUUAUACGAUGGGAAAAAACAGUAGCUUAUAAAAUAAUAUUGCAAAUGACGACUUAUGUAAAAGUGAACUCUUUGAAGAGCAACACGGUCAACUAUUAAGUUAGAAAUAUGUCAUUGAGCUAAAUAUUUGCUGGAGUUGGUCCAUAUGGACGACGGCACAAUAAAUGUGUUUGUUAGUUGUACGCAAAUUGAGUUUUAUCUCUUUGGUUAUGUAUUUUUGUUUACAGUAAUAGAGGAAUUUUCA